CCGCCGCGGGGAGGAGGACGCUGAGGAGGCGCCGAGGAGCGCAGCGGUGCGGGGGAGGCGCCCGCGCAGACGCGGGGCCCAUGGCCAGGACCACCAGCCAGUUGGAUCUCACUUCUGUAGUCCAGGCCAACCUUGAACUCACUGUGUAGCCCAGGCUGGCCUCAAACUCAAGACAAUCCAAGUGCUGGGAUUAUAGUAUGACACCGUUCCCAUCCAGUCCAGCGUGGUGUUAUGUGCCUGCCCAUCCCCAUCAAUGGUGAGGACACAGACCGAGUCUGGCACAGCUCCCAGUGUUCCCAGUGGUGGCAGCAGGCAGGGCCCCACCAUGGAUGGCACCACAGCCGAGUCCCGGCCAAGUGCCAACAACUUGCAGCAUGCUGCCCAGCCUCUACCACAGCCUCGAAAGAAACGGCCUGAAGACUUCAAGUUUGGAAAAAUUCUUGGCGAGGGUUCUUUUUCGACAGUUGUCCUGGCCCGAGAACUAGCCACCUCUCGAGAAUAUGCUAUUAAAAUUCUGGAGAAACGUCAUAUUAUAAAAGAAAACAAAGUCCCAUAUGUAACCAGAGAGCGAGAUGUGAUGUCACGCCUGGAUCACCCUUUCUUCGUUAAGCUUUACUUCACUUUUCAGGAUGAUGAAAAGCUGUACUUUGGCCUUAGCUAUGCCAAAAAUGGGGAAUUACUUAAAUACAUCCGCAAAAUUGGUUCAUUUGAUGAGACCUGCACUCGAUUUUACACAGCUGAGAUCGUGUCUGCUCUUGAGUACCUGCAUGGCAAGGGCAUCAUUCACAGGGACCUUAAACCAGAAAAUAUUUUGUUAAAUGAAGACAUGCACAUCCAGAUCACAGAUUUUGGAACAGCAAAAGUGUUAUCUCCAGAGAGUAAACAAGCCAGGGCCAACUCAUUUGUGGGAACAGCACAGUAUGUUUCUCCAGAGCUGCUCACAGAGAAGUCAGCCUGUAAGAGUUCAGACCUUUGGGCUCUUGGAUGUAUAAUAUACCAGCUUGUGGCAGGACUCCCACCAUUCCGAGCUGGAAAUGAAUAUCUUAUAUUUCAGAAGAUCAUUAAGUUGGAAUAUGACUUCCCAGAAAAAUUCUUUCCUAAGGCAAGAGACCUCGUGGAAAAACUCUUGGUUUUGGAUUCCACAAAGCGGUUAGGCUGUGAAGAGAUGGAAGGGUACGAACCUCUCAAGGCUCAUUCAUUCUUUGAAUCUAUCACAUGGGAGAAUCUGCACCAGCAGACACCCCCGAAGCUCACAGCUUACUUGCCAGCCAUGUCAGAGGACGACGAGGACUGCUAUGGCAAUUAUGAUAAUCUCCUGAGCCAGUUUGGCUGCAUGCAAGUGUCGUCAUCCUCCUCCUCCCAUUCCCUGUCUGCAGUGGAUGCUGGCCUGCCCCAUAGGUCAGGCAGCAACAUAGAGCAGUACAUCCAUGAUUUGGACACUAACUCUUUUGAACUGGACUUACAGUUUUCUGAAGAUGAGAAGAGGUUAUUAUUGGAGAAGCAGGCCGGUGGAAACCCUUGGCACCAGUUUGUAGAAAAUAAUUUAAUAUUAAAAAUGGGUCCAGUGGAUAAGCGAAAGGGUUUGUUUGCACGAAGACGACAACUGUUGCUCACAGAAGGGCCACAUUUAUAUUAUGUUGAUCCUGUCAACAAGGUCCUAAAAGGUGAAAUUCCGUGGUCACAAGAACUCCGACCAGAAGCCAAGAAUUUUAAAACUUUCUUUGUCCACACGCCUAACAGGACGUAUUACCUGAUGGAUCCAAGUGGGAAUGCUCACAAGUGGUGCAGAAAGAUCCAGGAGGUUUGGAGGCAGCGAUACCAGAGCCACCCAGAUGCUGCUGUGCAGUGACACAGCCUGCGGCCGGGCUGCUCUUUGCUGCCAGGACACCUGCCCCAGUGCGGCUCGGCCGCCACCCAGGACGCUUCCAGACCACCUGCCAGCCAUCUCAAGGAGAACACAGACGGCGGAAACCUUGCAGCUUUUUUAUUUAAAAGAAAAGAAGAAAAAAAAAAUCCAAUCACACAAAGAACAAAACCAAUAACAAACAGAAAUCCAGGGUCACUUUGCUUGUUCUCUGUGCUCUGUGGAAGCUCCCAUAUGCUCUUGUGGUCAGGGAGACCCAGCCCCAUGCACGGCAGCCCCGCUAUCAACCAGACCAAUGGCCAAACUUGGUAUCAUCAGCUCCUCCAAACGUCUGUUGGAGCUAUGCGCCUGCCUCCACCCCUCCUUACCUGCCAUGCACUGCCAAGGGACCUGUUGUGUCAUCCCCCAUCAUCAUCCGUCCCUCUCCCCGCACCAGGAGCCUCUUCACACCUCUGCUGGUUUGGACACCAGCUCUCUGGGCAUAGGCUUCUUAGCUUUGUGCUGUCUUUCUUCCCUGUGUCACUCCUGUAUGCCCCUCAUGUGCCUCCUGGGUUGGCUAUAGUGAUAGAAUAUCUAUGGUCUUUGCUGUCUGGCAGGCAAACUGCUGAGGUAAGGAGCGGGCAGUCUGCAGAAGUGGCAUGUGGAACAGGCUGCCACACAGGGCUCAACUCCCAGGUCCCACUUCCUCACAGUGUAUCCUGGUGGGACUGGAUGCCAAGCCAAACUGACAGGAGAGACACAUUAGCCUAGUUAACACCUAGCUGGGUCUUUUCCUAAGAAGACAAAAUGUUCCCAUGUAUGAGGAUGAGACCAGGAACCAGCCAGAGCAGCCUGGACCGAUGGCCUCCAUGUGGAGGAGUGAGGCCUCAGGUCUUCCUGAGAGUCUGAAAAGGUUUAAGUGUGUUGCUGCCUGCCAAGUGAGAUGUAUGCUGAGACAGAAUCAUUGUGUCUGCUUCCCUGGGGUGCUUCAGUUUCCUGUCUAGCCUCACAUGCCUCUUGUUUCUGUCGUGCCUAAACCCUUCUCAAAGUUAGCUCAGUUUCUGUUUGUGUGUUGAACUAAACACCACCUCACAUUGCCUGGUCACCUGGUCCCAUAGGAUGCACUUAUGAUUGCCUGGGACUCAACAACCCAUUAAAUCUGAGCCUGCCCAGUCUGGUGCGUCUUCUGCCAGUUUUAGGGCCACUUCCCUUUGAUGCUUUAGUGGCAUUGCGCUGCUCUAUAAUACAGCUUAGGACAUGUCAGUCCCUUGUUUUGCUUUAUUAUUCUCAGGAAGAGUGCUCCAGAGUGGCUCAGUUAUACCUCUUCCUGCCUAGGUUGUUCCUGGAAUGGCCAUUAGUCCCUGCCUUUGCAGUCUACCAACAUACAUGCCUCUUACUCCCAUGUCCCCAGGGCUAGAACAACUUUGUCAUUUCUGCAGAUUUUCACAAAGGCACCAGCAAAAGGCCAUCUCCUGUCUCCAGGGACUAUUUAUCACCCAGUUUCCCAAACUGUUUUAAUGAUAAAGAUGACUUUUUUUUAAGCUGGGAAGAGAUACAGAUGUGGGUCUGCUGUUGUGCUGGGGCACAGACACUGGGUGAAAGAAGAGACUCCUCCUUAGGCUUUGCCAGCGAUUUCUGUGUUUUAUGCAAGCAAGCGUGUGUUAGGGCCCUCUUGUCCUUGGGGUACCCCAGGGAGCAGGACCCAAGCCUGACUCAUGACAGUACAGCCAGGGUCCUUCUGUCAUAGGUUUUGGAGAGAUUUGCCCGUGUUAGGUGAGCCUUACCUGGCUAUUUCUUUCUUGGAAAGGCUCGCUUCCCUUGUUGCUGUCUUUUCCCUCAAAAUGUCCAAUAUCUAUGUGUACAGGGGAAGUUUCCUGACUCCUCUUCACACACAAAUGCAGGGAAAGCAGUGCCCCAGAGCACAAGGGACUGAGACUUGCUUGAUAAGAGCACCAGGCUGGCCACAGGAAAGUAAGGUGAGUGUCCUGUUGCCUCUUCGCUCUGGAGAGUGCCACUACCUCUGAGGCUUCACCAACAAGCACUAUCCUAACCUCCAGAGCCACAGAUGAAGGCUCAGAGCUGAAGGCUGAGAUGAUAGCUGUCCCUGGCUGUGCUGUUAGCUGAGCCCUUUUGAAUCAACUUUUUCUUCACUCACAGACCCCCUUUUCUUUGCCCCCCCCCCUUUGGUACCGGGAAUCAAACUCAGGACCCCACGCUUGCCAGGCAGGCACUGUACCACUGAGCUGUACCCCCAGACUUUCCUUGCUUUUAUGUUUAAGGCCCGUGUAGGUUCUUUUCUUGCCCAGACUUAUGUCAAGUUUAGUUUCUCCCAACCUUAGAGCCAUCACCUGGGAUGUAGGUGCCUUAGGUUCUGGGACAGCGAUGUGAAUGACAGUCUACAUGUAUAGACAUAUAUAGACGGAAAUCUAUCCAAAAUGGGGACCUGUCCAAGGUGAGAAAGUGGUGUCCUUUUAAUAGUUCUGGGAGUCAUGCGUCUUACUAAGAAAGGGCAACGAUAAACAUAAAUGCCAUGACAUACCCAGUGUGGUGUCUCUGGCAUAGAGGGGCAAAUGAUGUGGUCAUCAACAGCUCAGAGAGCUCAUUGGGCCCUGCCUAGGAGGGGACACUGAGAAAGUUGAGUUUGGUUGGGUUGUUCCUAUCCUUUUCCUAUGACCCCACCAAGGGCAGUGGGCAACGCUGUAUGGGCCUCUGAGCCUCGUCACCCCAGAGAAUGGCUACUCUUUCUGAAUCAGUUAAAAGUUUGAUUUGGGAACGAUGGCUCGGAGUCAGGCCAAAGUUGGCAGGAAUUUCACUUGGGUAGCUCUCUUGGGUCACCCUGUGUUAGUUGUGGUCCAUACCUGAAGGGAUUGGCAGACAGCUCAAUGGCAUAGACCCUCAGGGUGCCAGUUAAGUGGUUUCCAGUGAUUUUGCACCUUCUUAAAGGUAACAUUGGUUUUCUGAAAAAGUCAACUGUAGGCUUACCACCUAGAGAGCACAGUGGGCAUUUUGAUCCAGAUCCCCACACCCCCUCCAUCCCAGCAUUUGUUUGCUUUUGUAACUAAACUGGGAACAUUUACAUCAUUUUGCAUCAGGCUUUUUAAUUUUGCUAGUUCAUCCUAAGUAUUUUCCCAUGUCAUGAACAGUUCUUCAAACGCAUGUUUUUAAUGAUUGUAGACUAAUGCUUGUAAAUUUUAUCCUAAUUUAUCUGACCAUUUCCUGUUGUAAAACAUUUAUUAGAUGGUUUCUGGUUUUUCACUAUAUAAAUAUUGCUGUGGUGAAUAUCCUUAUUCCCCCUAAAAUACUUGCAAGUGGUAUUUUUGGGUCAAAGACUUUGUUCAUUUCAGAUAUUAUUCCCUUUUGGUCUGAUGCUUAGAUGCUGCAAAUUCAAGUAAUAGAAUCCACUUCUUGGUGUCUUACAGAUACUGAACAAAUCAGUUUUUACUAAGCUGUGUGUUGCAAAGAAUGUUUGAAUAUGAUUGGUCUUUUCUUUAAAAGGCCACAAUGGUGUCAUUACUGCAGCUCUAUUUCUGACAGAUUUUUACAGGAGCCAGUUUCCUUACUUUCACUGCAAGAAUCAUGAGUGCAUGUUCUCUUCCAUCCCUGCUGCUAUGGCUCCCUAGUGCUUGGUGAUGUUUUCAGAAUCUUGUACUUUGUGUCACAAUGGUACUAAAUGCUUCUGCACAGUCAGCAGAGAUAAAUGUUGAACUGACCUUGCCACAUGCUUAGGGGUGAUUUGUAAUUAAGUUUAUACAUUUAGAAAGUACAUUGGACCAUUUGGGAUUCGUAGCAGAGCAAAGGCUCUCCUUGAAAAAGAAACCAUGGAGAUGAUUGGGUUUUACAAAAGUAUGUUUAUGUUUAUCCCUUCCCACUUUCAGGGUCUUUAUGGUUCUGAACAGCAAAAUGACCAUGCCUCUUGCUUCAUCCUUCCUACCCACAAUACUUUAACUCCAGACCACUGAAAUUUGGUUGGGGACCAUUAAUUAUGAGCAAAAAUAUGCAUGAAGGAUUUUGUGGGUAUCAUGCUGACUGCCACUUGAGUCUACCAAAGCUUAUGAUUGAAUUGUACAGAAUUGGGCUGCUUAUCCUCUGGUGUCUCUCCUCUGGGCCCUUGGCUGGUCCACAGACCCAGGGUGAUCAUUGCUAAAUCUUCAGUGGUUGCACCUCUCAUGAGAGUAUGGUAAAGGCACUACGUUCUAGAAGAUGACACUUUACAUCUUUUUCCAUUUUGUUUCAUUGAAAAUCUAACAUGAACUGAUAGUGACUCAGGUAUGCCUGGCUUAUUCUUAGGCAGAACAUACGGCAUGUGCCCUUGAAAACAGCUGGAGCCAUUUUCAGAGCCUCUGAGGGCUGCUGGCUACUGGCCCAAGAUUGUAUGGUUGUAAAUUAAUCUGCCUGUGAAGAAUUGGUCUGGGUAGGAAGUUUCCAGGAAAUAACCCUUAUCAUCAUUGCUGAGGUGGUCAUGGUGGGCAAAUGAAUGAACCAUGAAAAUACCUGAAUUUUCCCUGUAAGUCGUUUUUUCAAUAUGAAGAAACACCACACUGUACAGAGAACUUUUUACAAACAGCAAAUCUUUUACUCAUGUAGCCCACACUAAUCUGUCUGGCUGAAUGACUUCAGGUAAGUUCUUGUGUAGUGAAAGCCUAUAUUUUGACCAUAGUUUGGAUGUUGACAAAUUAAAUAUUACAGUAUUUAGAACUGCUGCAGCUGUUCCAUAACCACAUAAAAAUAGGACAAAUCAGUAGUGUGUUGCUUUUCUUCAGGAUGGUGGCAGUCAGAACAAGUGUAACAUUCUCUACCUGGUCUGUAGCUGUACAGCAAAGCAAAAGUUAAAAAAAAUAAACUUAUGAAAACAAAUAAUGCAAUGAUACUAGGAUAUACACUUUUGUAUUUUUAUUCUUAUAUAAGGUUAUUUGCUGGCUAUUGUUGGCCUCUAGUUCAGUCUGUGUUAUUUAAAUUCUAAUAUAUGAAUUAUUUGGAUUGAAUUCAUGUUCGGGGCCACGCUGUUGUAUGUAUUGAUGUACAGCCUUGAAUGUGAAUAAUUAUUGUAAACUAUAUUUUACAACUUUUUUUCUGGCUUUAUUAUAUAAAUUUUCUAUUUGGUCAUGGUUUAAUCAUAAUUUAAUGAAUCUGUUUGUUCUCUUUUUUCAAGUAUCUGUGCUUUAGAUGUAGUUACCGAAUGAUGAAUUUCACUCGUAUGCUCGGUAAUCUUGUAAUAAAAGCAUGUAGCGUGUUA